AUGCUGGUGGUAAGAGGUGGGCACGGAGCCCAGCAGGCUCUCUGCUGCCCAGAUGCCCCCACCCAUGGCUCCAUCCUGCUUUCCCCAGAGCUGCCCAGCCUGCCCUCUGCUGAGACCUUGGGCUUCCUGGAGGAGGAGGCCUGCAGGGGCCAAGGUAGGCGAGGGGUUCCACAGGGCCUCACGCACGUGUCCACUCCCUCUACAGGCACUGAUGCCGGCAACGAGGAGCUGCCCCACUCCUUCCCGUCCGCGCCGGCCGAGCCGCUGCCCCACUUCCUGCAGGAGCCGCAGGACGCCUACAUCGUGAAGAACAAGCCGGUGGAGCUGCGCUGCCGCGCCUUCCCUGCCACGCAGAUCUACUUCAAGUGCAACGGCGAGUGGGUCAGCCAGAACGACCACGUCACACAGGAGGGUCGGGACGAGGCCACCGGCCUGCGGGUGCGAGAGGUUCAGAUCGAGGUAUCGCGGCAGCAGGUGGAGGAGCUCUUUGGGCUGGAGGAUUACUGGUGCCAGUGUGUGGCCUGGAGCUCCGCGGGCACCACCAAAAGUCGCCGGGCCUAUGUCCGCAUCGCCUAUUUACGCAAGAACUUCGAUCAGGAGCCUUUGGGCAAGGAGGUGCCCCUAGACCACGAGGUUCUUCUGCAAUGCCGCCCGCCGGAGGGGGUGCCUGUGGCUGAGGUGGAAUGGCUCAAGAACGAGGACGUCAUUGACCCCACGCAGGACACCAACUUCCUGCUCACCAUCGACCACAACCUCAUCAUCCGCCAGGCCCGCCUAUCAGAUACGGCCAACUACACCUGUGUGGCCAAGAACAUCGUGGCCAAGCGCCGGAGCACCACUGCCACGGUCAUCGUCUAUGUGAAUGGGGGCUGGUCCAGCUGGGCAGAGUGGUCACCCUGCUCCAACCGCUGUGGCCGAGGCUGGCAGAAGCGCACACGGACCUGCACCAACCCUGCCCCACUCAACGGAGGUGCCUUCUGUGAGGGCCAGGCCUUCCAGAAGACCGCCUGCACCACCGUGUGCCCAGUGGAUGGGGCGUGGACGGAGUGGAGCAAGUGGUCAGCCUGUAGCACCGAGUGUGCCCACUGGCGCAGCCGCGAGUGCAUGGCGCCCCCGCCCCAGAACGGAGGCCGUGACUGCAGUGGGACACUGCUCGACUCCAAGAACUGCACCGACGGGCUGUGCAUGCAAAAUAAGAAAACUCUAAGUGAUCCCAACAGCCACCUCCUGGAGACCUCGGGGGACGUGGCGCUGUAUGCAGGCCUCGUGGUGGCCAUCUUCGUGGUUGUGGCAGUCCUCAUGGUGGUAGGGGUGGUGGUGUACCGCCGCAACUGCCGCGACUUUGACACCGACAUCACCGACUCAUCCGCCGCCCUCACUGGUGGCUUCCACCCAGUGAACUUCAAGACUGCAAGGCCCAGCAACCCGCAGCUCCUGCACCCAUCUGUGCCUCCUGACUUGACGGCCAGCGCUGGCAUCUACCGUGGGCCCGUGUAUGCCCUGCAGGACUCUGCCAACAAGAUCCCUAUGACCAACUCACCCCUGCUGGACCCCCUGCCCAAUCUCAAGAUCAAGGUCUACAGCUCCAGCACCACCAGCUCCGGGCCAGGCCUGCCUGACGGGGCCGACCUGCUGGGGGUCCUGCCAUCUGGGACGUACCCUAGUGAUUUCACCCAGGACGCCCACUUCCUCCACCUGCGCAGUGCCAGCCUCAGCUCCCAGCAGCUCCUGGGCCUGCCCCGAGACCCGGGGAGCAGUGUCAGUGGCACCUUUGGUUGCCUGGGCGGGAGGCUCAGCAUCCCUGGCACAGGGGUCAGCCUGCUGGUGCCCAAUGGAGCCAUUCCCCAGGGCAAGUUCUACGAGAUGUACCUUCUUAUCAACAAGGCAGAAAACACCCUCCCACUUUCAGAAGGUACCCAGACAGUAUUGAGCCCCUCGGUGACCUGCGGGCCCACGGGCCUCCUACUGUGCCGCCCUGUCAUCCUCACUGUGCCCCACUGUGCCGAAGUCAGCGCUGGCGACUGGAUCUUCCAGCUCAAGACCCAGGCCCACCAGGGCCACUGGGAGGAGGUGGUGACUCUGGAUGAGGAGACCCUAAACACCCCCUGCUACUGUCAGCUGGAGGCCAGGUCCUGCCACAUCCUGUUGGACCAGCUGGGCACCUAUGUGUUCACGGGCGAGUCCUAUUCCCGCUCGGCAGUCAAGCGUCUCCAGCUGGCCGUCUUCGCCCCCGCCCUCUGCACCUCCCUGGAGUACAGCCUCAGGGUCUACUGCCUGGAGGACACACCCGUAGCACUGAAGGAGGUGCUGGAGCUGGAGCGGACUCUGGGCGGCUACCUGGUGGAGGAACCAAAACCCCUGCUGUUCAAGGACAGUUACCACAACCUGCGCCUCUCCCUCCAUGACAUCCCCCAUGCCCACUGGAGGAGCAAGCUGCUGGCCAAGUACCAGGAGAUCCCCUUCUAUCACAUUUGGAGUGGCAGCCAGAAGGCCCUGCACUGCACUUUCACCCUGGAGAGGCACAGCUUGGCCUCCACGGAGUUCACCUGCAAGAUCUGCGUGCGGCAGGUAGAAGGGGAGGGCCAGAUAUUCCAGCUGCACACCACGCUGGCAGAGACACCUGCUGGCUCCCUGGAUGCCCUCUGCUCUGCCCCCAGCAAUGCCAUCACUACCCAGCUGGGACCCUACGCCUUCAAGAUCCCGCUCUCCAUCCGCCAGAAGAUAUGCAACAGCCUCGACGCCCCCAACUCGCGGGGCAAUGACUGGCGGCUAUUGGCACAGAAGCUCUCCAUGGACCGGUACCUGAAUUACUUUGCCACCAAAGCGAGCCCCACCGGCGUAAUCCUGGACCUCUGGGAAGCUCUGCAGCAGGAUGACGGGGACCUCAACAGCCUGGCGAGUGCCUUGGAGGAGAUGGGCAAGAGUGAGAUGCUGGUGGCCAUGGCCACCGACGGAGACUGCUGAGCCACCUGGCACCGCAGCUGGCGGGGACUGGCAGGAGGCAGGUGCAGGGAGGCCUGGGGCAGCCUCCUUACGGGGACAUUUGGCCUCCAUUGCCACCUGGCUCACAGCUGGAGUCGCCCCCACUCCUCCCUUUUCCCCAACCCCCAGACCAUGACCAGCCUUAGAAAAGUCCAUGUACUCUGUUGUUGAGGGCCCAAGGCAGGAAUCCUUCUGCAUCCCCUGCUGUCUCUCCUGGUGGCCUCAGACCUCCGUGUGGGACUCGGGAUGGGGCCAAGGCCUCUGGAGGCAGUCGAGGGGCAAGGAGGGGCCUCGCCCCACCCCCACCCUCCCGCCCUCAGCCCCAUGACUUUGGGUUCCGUCGGUUUCAGUUCCGUUCUUCAUUUUCUUCCUGUUACUCUUUCUCCUCCCUAAGCCCCCUUCUGCUUUCACUCCCUUUUCCUCUUUGAAGAGUCAAGUACUUUUCAGACAAACUGCUUUCUCCCACGCAAAAGCAAAAAGGAAAAGGAACGAAAGAAAGAAAGUGUCAGCCUGCUAGUGAGGCUCAAAGAAGACAAACACCAAAACCACAAGGGAAAAGAAAAACCCAGUUUCUUAGGAAACGCAAAUUAUUUAUUAUCCAGAUAUUUGGAUAAGUCCUUUUUAAGAAAAAAAAAA